AACCCGAUUUUCCCGCCGGAAGGCAUCAGUGCUACACACACACUCGCGAGUGUAGAUUCCACCGCACGCCAUUGUACGAAUCUCUCCCUUGUCAGCGCUGUGUUUUAAGUAAACUGCUUGAAAGAAACGGACCGCCCAGUGUAGCUUAAAAAGUAUUUUUAAAAGCGGGUUAUUGUUUUACAUAGAUAAAGUUUUUAGAGACACGGCCACCAUGGCGACUGAUUCCUGGGCCCGUGCUGUUGAUGAGCAAGAAGCUGCCGCUGAUUCGAUCAGUACCCUGCAAAUUAGUGAGAAGGAAGACAAACCCAAACCCGAGGAGAAUGGUACAGGUACAGUUACAGUUAAGGCCGAGGGAGAGGCUAAGACGGAGGAUGAUGAUAAAGAUGAUAAGGCAGCACAGUCCUUGUUAAACAAGUUGAUUCGAAACAACCUGGUGAACACAAACAAUCAAGUGGAGGUUCUUCAGCGUGAUCCGAACUCGCCGCUCUACUCCGUCAAGUCGUUUGAGGAGCUGCGGCUAAAACCACAGCUGCUCCAGGGAGUCUACAACAUGGGCUUCAACCGGCCGUCAAAGAUCCAGGAGAACGCCCUGCCUAUGCUGCUGGCUGAGCCCCCACAGAACCUGAUCGCCCAGUCCCAGUCGGGUACAGGAAAAACAGCCGCCUUCGUCCUGGCCAUGCUCAGCCGCGUAGAUCCAGCCAACAAAUGGCCGCAGUGUUUGUGUGUGUCGCCCACGUACGAACUGGCUCUGCAGACUGGAAAGGUCAUUGAAACGAUGGGGAAGUCCUACCCAGAGGUCAAACUCAUCUAUGGAAUCCGUGGAAACAAAUUGGAUAGGGGGACUCAGCUGCAGGAGCAGAUUGUGAUUGGCACGCCCGGCACGGUCUUGGACUGGUGUCUGAAGUUCAAGUUCAUCGACCCCAAGAAGAUCCGGGUGUUUGUGCUGGACGAGGCCGACGUCAUGAUCGCCACACAGGGCCACCAAGACCAGAGCAUCCGCAUCCAGAGGAUGUUGCCCAAAAACUGUCAGAUGCUGCUGUUCUCCGCCACGUUUGAGGAGUCUGUGUGGAACUUCGCCAAGAGGAUCGUCCCCGACCCCAACAUCAUCAAGCUGAAGCGGGAGGAGGAGACGCUGGACACCAUCAAACAGUACUACGUCAACUGCAACAGCAAGGAGGAGAAGUUCCACGCUCUGUGCAACAUCUACGGUGCCAUCACCAUCGCCCAGGCCAUGAUCUUCUGCCAUACCAGGAGAACAGCAGGCUGGCUGGCAGGAGAGCUGUCAAGGGAGGGCCACCAGGUGGCGCUCCUGAGUGGAGAGAUGCAGGUAGAGCAGAGAGCCGCGGUCAUCGAGCGUUUCCGUGACGGCAAGGAAAAAGUGCUGGUCACCACCAACGUGUGUGCCAGAGGCAUCGACGUGGAACAGGUUUCCGUGGUGAUUAACUUUGAUUUGCCAGUGGAUAAAGAUGGGAACCCUGACAACGAGACGUACCUGCACAGGAUCGGGAGGACAGGGCGUUUUGGCAAGAGAGGACUUGCCAUCAAUAUGGUGGACAGCAAGUCCAGCAUGAACAUCAUGAACCGGAUCCAGGAACACUUCAAAAAGAAGAUCGAGAAGCUGGACACGGACGACCUGGACGAAAUCGAGAAAAUUUCCAACUGAGAACGGAGCUGGGUGGCAGCGGUACUUUUGUUUCCUCCGCACGGGACUGUCUUGCACAGAGUUUUAAUUUUACGAGCUCAAGUCUCCGACGACCACGUACACACCUGUGGAGAUGUCUUAUCUCAAAAAUGGUCCUUUUAAAAUUAGUUAUUUUUUUUCAUGUCAUGACAAUGUUUUCACUCUUUGUACCUCUAGAUGAAAACCUCAGCACUAGCGUUGCUAAGGUUGAGUUGUUUGUUAGAAAGAAAUUUGAAUAGAAACAAACAAACAGCGAGUCGACGUGAGCGCUACUCAACUCUGGUCCUGCCGGGUCCCCUCAUGUUCGCUCGCGUUUCUGGCUCUAGGUCAAUGGAACAUUUAUGGCAUCAUGUGGAUCUGAUCCCGGUUUUAAAUCAUUGAUUGUAACGACAGAAUCACAAGUCCAAGGAUGACUCUGGGAACUUGAUCCCAUUUUGGAAUCAUUUCCUAAAAAACAGUGAUAUAUUUUGUUUUGUUGAAUUUUUAAAAAAGAAAACUGCUUUUUUGGCAUGAAUUACUCAAAUAAGAUAAAACAUGAAUGUGAAGAUGCCUAUUACAGUUUUGGACGUUCAAGCGAUGGAACAACAUCAUGUCCGUUCUGUCUCAGAGUUUGACCCUCUGUUCUGAGGAUAACUAAAUAUGGAUCAGUUUCGGCGAGUCUGUUGCCCGAGUCCACAGCGAUGUCUGUGUGCGUAGAAUUAUGCCAAAGAGAUCGACUGGGAACGCCUCUAACAAGGCAAAUUGAAAUCACUCCAGGAUUCGGUUCAGUAAUGACUCCAUUGUAGUAGAAGAAGUACAAAGAGUGAAAACAUGAGCAUGCUGUUGCUCCGUGAAGCCUACAAACUCAGAAGCAGAGAAGGAUGAAGGAUUGGGUCAGACUGACUGGACACAGCCACCAUCAAACGGGUCAGACUGACUGGACACGGCCACCAUCAAACGUGUGUUUCUGAAGUCCAUAAGACGAGGCCAGUUUCUGAGCGGAUCAGCGUCUCCGUUCCUCCGCUGGUCACCUGUAGGUCUGCGCAGACUAGCGUGGACGGCCAAAGCAAGUCAUUUUCAUUCGUUUUUAGAUUCAUUUUUUUCUUCCAUCAUUUGUCAGUCUUUUCCUGAAGAGCUGAACUGUGUUCAUUUGCAAAGUGCAUUCAUCCCGUUCUUCAUUUACUUUGGGUGUUUUUUUUUUUUUUUUUUUCUCAUCUAAAUCACGAUUGAUUGACAAGCAGUCAGUAUUGUUGCUGUUACAACUAAGCUCUUUCCUAGUCCUAUCAGAAAGGACCCUUGUGUAUCAGGCCCUCUUAAAUCAUUGUAAUAAAGUUUGUCUACAUACA